AUGGCAAAUUCGCCGAAGAGACCAUCUGAUGGCACUGGAGUGCCAGCAUCGAACAAACCCCAAUAUCAACAUACUGUACCAGGGACGAAACCAGCAUUUAAUUUAUCGCCAAGUAAUACCAGUGAUUUAUCCCAUAGGUUUUCAUCACCCAAUCAUAUAAAAUCAAUCACGGGUGUAUCUGCCGCACGUCAUAAUCCAAUAGGUAGGACGGAUGAUCCUUCUCUUCCUAAGAAUGUACCACCCACCACCAACUUGAGAAGUGAAAGCAAUGGAAAUACUAGUGAUGCUUUUUCUAGUCCUGUCGGGCUAGCUCUACCAAAGAAAGAUGAUAAAAAGAAAAAUAAAAGCACAGGCAAAGCGGAUUCUAAGGAUGGAACAGGCAAAACCUCCGCUUUCCCAGGACAAAAUGCCCAACAACAAUCGGAUCCAAACAAAAUGCAAGAUGUUCUAUUUUCUGCAGGUAUCGAUGUCAGGGAGGAGGAAGCGCUUUUGAAUUCUUCUAUUAAUGCUUCUAAAUCCCAAGUUCAAAUAAACAACGUGAAGGUUCCUAACCAUUUACCGUUCCUUCACCCCGAACAAGUUUCUAACUAUAUGAAAAAAGUUGGAAAAGAACAAAACUUUAACCUGACCCCUACGAAGAAUCCGGAAAUUUUGGAUAUGAUGUCAAGCGCCUGCGAAAACUAUAUGAGAGAUAUUCUAACAAAUGCUAUUGUCAUUUCCCGACAUAGAAGAAAAGCAGUUAAGAUAAAUUCGGGCAGAAGAAGUGAGGUUUCUAUGGCUUUAAGAGCUAUUGCGCUAAUUCAGAAAAAGGAAGAAGAGAGGCGUGUAAAAAAGAGAAUUGCAUUAGGACUUGAGAAAGAAGAUUAUGAAAAUAAAAUCGAUUCCGAAGAAACACUACACAGGGCCUCAAACGUCACUGCCGGGCUUAGAGCCGGUAGUAAAAAGCAAUAUGGUUGGCUAACUUCAUCAGUCAAUAAACCGACGUCCCUGGGAGCAAAAUCUUCAGGUAAGGUCGCCUCCGACAUCACAGCUAGAGGAGAAAGUGGACUAAAGUUUAGAGAAGCUAGAGAGGAGCCUGGUAUAGUAAUGAGGGACUUACUAUUCGCACUCGAAAAUAGGCGAAAUGGUGUUCAGACCAUUAUUUCAAAGGGCUACGCCAAGAUCAGAGAUUAA